AUGAGCGGUAUAGCCAUUGAUCAAACUCCGAUUGACAAUAUAAAUCCCGGCAUAAAAUGCGAUUGCACUAGUAAUAAUGGUUCGACUUGCCACAUUACACAACUGAGAGUGUAUGCUCUUGAUGUAUUCGGUCCACUUCCUGACGAGCUAUGGAAUUUGACAUUUCUCACUAAUUUGAAUUUAGGUCAAAAUUAUUUGACGGGUCCGAUUCCAGCAUCCAUCGCCAAUCUCACGCGCAUGCAGUACUUGAGUCUCGGCAUAAACGCAUUAUCGGGACAGCUCCCUCGAGAACUCGGGCUGCUGACCGACUUGAUAGUAUUGUCGUUUAGCACGAACAACUUCACCGGCCGUUUGCCACCCGAGCUCGGAAGUUUAUCUAGACUUACCCAAAUGUACUUUGAUAGUUCUGGAGUUAGCGGUCCAAUUCCUGAAACAUUUGCUAAUCUACGGAGCAUGGAGAUUAUGUGGGCUUCAGAUAACGAGCUCACGGGUCGAAUACCUGACUUCAUUGGGAAUUGGUCCAGUUUAACUACAUUGAGGUUACAGGGAAAUUCAUUCCAAGGUCUGAUACCACAAUCGUUUUCCAAUUUAACCGCUCUUAACGACUUGAGAAUAAGUGAUGUAGCUAAUGGGAGCUCUUCAUUGGACUUCCUCAGAGGCAUGACUUCUCUAUCUACCUUAAUGUUGCGAAACAAUAAUAUUUCCGGUUCGAUACCUUCAUUUUUCGGUUCAUUUCAGAGCUUGACUCUCCUGGAUUUGAGCUUCAACAAUUUCACCGGAACUGUUCCGGAGUCGCUUCUCAACCAUAGUUCUCUAACACACUUGUUUCUAGGCAACAACCGGUUAACAGGUACGUUGCCAUCACAAAGAAGUUCAUCGCUUCGAACAAUAGAUUUGUCGUACAAUGGAUUAUCCGGGGGCCUACCGCCUUGGAUCAGCGGACAGAAUCUACAACUCAAUUUGGUUUCAAACAACUUCACCAUCAGCAGUUCUAACAGCAGUUCGUUGCCUUCCGGAUUGAAUUGUCUUCAGCGGAACUUUCCGUGCGGACGAGGAAAUCCUACUUAUUCGAGCUUUGCAAUGAACAGCGGUGGGCGGCCCGUUCGGUCUGCUGAUCAAGUCUUGUUCGAGAGUGACAACGAGACUUUGGGCCCGGCAACAUAUUAUGUGACCACCACACGCAGAUGGGCCUUUCAAUCUGAAGAUCUACAACUAAAGGAACUGUGGUGUGACUUGAACCAGAAGUAG